AUUCGAUGGGGGAGGUUCUACCGCCCCGUGAGAAUCGCCGAAUCGAUUCAACUCCGCUGACGCAAGCAGAGACCACCCGGCUUUGGUGUUUCUGGGCGGCGGCAGCAGCAGCAGCAGCGCCUUCAGAGUUCCUCCCGGGCGAUCGAGAGCGGAGCUCCUAAGACGCAGUGAUUCGUUUUGGCCGAGAUGUCUACGGCCCAUGACUUGUCCCUGGGGGAACUGUACAAGCGGGUGUCAGAGCAGGGAGAGGUCGUGAGAGACCUCAAGGCACAGAAUGCGCAGAAGGAUGAGGUCAAGGGAGCAGUACAGAAGCUGCUGGAGCUGAAGCUGGAGUAUAUGCGAGUGUCGGGGCACGAGUACCAGGCUGACGCCCCACCCGGCAAGGUCCCCAGCGACCCUGCUGCACAGGAAGCGGAGACAGACCACGUGGACCCAUGGAAUGUGCAGACCUCCAGCGCCAAGGGCAUCGACUACGACAAACUCAUCGUCAACUUCGGGAGCAGUAAAAUCGACCAGGACCUGAUCGACCGGAUCGAGCGGGUCAUUGGAAAACCGGCGCAUCACUUUCUCCGGCGAGGCAUCUUCUUUUCACACAGGGACAUGCACCAACUGCUGGACGCGUACGAGGCCAAGAAGCCGUUCUUCUUGUACACGGGGCGUGGGCCGUCGUCGGACGCCAUGCACGUCGGCCACCUCAUCUCCUUCAUAUUCACCCAGUGGCUGCAGGAAACGUUCAACGUUCCACUGGUCAUCCAGCUGACGGACGACGAGAAAUACCUGUGGAAGGACAUGGAACUGGAGGAAGCGAACAGGCUCGCUCACGAGAACAGCCGAGACAUCAUCGCAUGUGGCUUUGACAUCAACAAGACCUUCAUCUUCUCCGACCUGGAGUACAUGGGGCAAUCAAAAGAGUUCUACAUGAACGUGGUUAAGGUGCAGAAGCACGUGACGUUCAACCAAGUCAAGGGCAUCUUCGGCUUCGGAGACAGCGACUGCAUCGGUAAGAUCAGUUUCCCGGCUGUGCAGGCAGCUCCCUCCUUCAGCAGCUCCUUCCCUCACAUCUUUGGUGCCCGGACUGACGUGCAGUGCCUCAUCCCGUGCGGCAUUGAUCAGGACCCGUAUUUUCGGAUGACGCGUGAUGUCGCUCCACGCAUCGGCUAUCCCAAACCCGCGCUGCUGCACUGCAGCUUCUUCCCCGCGCUACAGGGCGCGCAGACCAAGAUGAGCGCUAGCGACCCCAACUCGUCCAUCUUCCUCACCGACACGGCCAAGCAGAUCAAGAGCAAGGUGAACAAGCACGCGUUUUCCGGUGGCCGCGACACGAUCGAAGAGCACCGGAAGCUGGGUGGAAACGUGGAGGUGGACGUGUGCUACAUGUACCUCACCUUUUUCCUGGAGGACGACGAGCGGCUGGAGCAAAUCCGCAAGGACUACACGAGCGGUGCCAUGCUCACGGGCGAGCUCAAGCAGGAGCUCAUCAGUGUGCUGCAGCCGUUGGUGGCGGCGCACCAAGAGCGGCGGCGCAGCGUCACCGACGAGAUGGUCUCUCGCUUCAUGACGCCGCGGCCGCUCAACUACACGUGCUGACCGCCGCACGUGCUGACCGCCGCACGUGCGAUCGCUCCGUCCCACAGUCCAGCAUGUGCACCGACCUACACUUACGAGUAGCGCGCUCUCAAACACGCAUGCAGACAUUGGCAACCACGCUCUAGUUUAAAUAUCAGUAUACUGAGCCGUUGACUGAUCAAAAAUCACAUUUUGUCUCUCAAGUUGCUGUCACGGGAAAGGGCUUUUUACGAGACAAGGGAGCAAAUCCUAACUAACCCCACCCCCAAGCAUUAUUUCACCCUCCUUCCUGACCCUAAUAGAAACGAAACAAUAAAUUUUGCACUCCCAGAAUUAUCGUGGCGGCGAUUGAGCCGUGAUCCCAAUAAAUAACGGUGCAAUGUCGUUGCUUUAUGACAGCCCAAAAAGUGACAAAUUAACGUGUGAGAAUUGAAAUAUGGUUACAACCCCCCUAUACUUCACCUCCCUCACCCAUCGGAACGUUUCCGCUCACUGAUGACAGGCGGCCGGAGCGGGCCUCCUGCUCUAUCCAGACUGCAUCGCCGCGCUUCAUGAAAGUCUCAGUGGCGAUGGUACCUGUGUUGUCCACUGUAUCCCCGUGUUAUGGCCAUGAUUGACCCCGCCUCGGUACUGAGUGGGGGGGGGGGGUACUGAGUAGGGGUAAUGUGUGGAACGUUCUGGCGGGGAGGUGAGAUUAAGGGCUCUUUAACUGGAGGGGUCUUGUAUGUAUGUUGAACUUCUUUCGCACCAUACGUAGCCAACCAUACUAAUUGGAGGUGCAGGGCAAGGCCAACAAACGAAUCACAAAAAGCCAGUUUUAAAGACAUGAGUUUUCAAUCUAGAUUUUAAAGUGCAUAGCGCCAAUGGCUUCCUCAUAUCGGAAGAGCAUUCCAGACGGCAACAGAAGCGCAUCUGAAAGCGUGCGAUGCAGUGACCGUCUUUUUUCGAUGGGUAUUGGAGGUUGUUGUUUUGGAGUGAGGGUAACUGCCUGUCUGAUUGUCUUCGCCGCAUGGCCCUCAUCAACAUAUGUGUACCUAAGAGAGUUUAUUAACAGUUCUGCCCGGUCGGGCCUCAGCAAGGUUUCUCUGUGUGGCGGUGACUGUUCUA